UCACUUGCCUCCCGGGCCCCGGCUCCCACCCCAGGGCGCACACCCUGGCUGCGGUCUGGCCAUGGCCGUGCUGCUCCGGGCCGCAGGUCGGGGGCUGUUUCCCUGGAGGGGCUUCUGCUCCAGGGGGUCGCAGGGUGAGUUCACCCCGGGCUUCGUGGAGGCUCUGAAGGCAGUUGUGGGAAGCUCCCACGUGUCCACUGCUCCUGCAGUCCGAGAGCAUCACGGGCACGAUGAAUCCAUGCACAGGUGCCAGCCUCCCGAUGCCGUGGUGUGGCCCCAGAACGUGGACCAGGUCAGCCGGCUGGCAGCCCUGUGCUACAGCCAAGGCGUGCCCAUCAUCCCAUUCGGCACGGGCACCGGCAUUGAGGGCGGAGUGUGCGCCGUGCAGGGCGGUGUGUGCGUUAACCUGACCCACAUGGACCGGAUCACGGAGUUGAAUUCGGAAGACUUCUCGGUGGUAGUGGAGCCGGGUGUCACCCGUAAAGCUCUCAACAGCCACUUGCGCGACACUGGCCUCUGGUUUCCCGUGGAUCCAGGUGCGGACGCCUCUCUCUGCGGCAUGGCGGCCACCGGCGCCUCUGGCACCAACGCCGUGCGCUAUGGCACCAUGCGGGACAACGUGCUCAAUCUGGAGGUGGUGCUGCCUGACGGGCGGCUACUGCACACCGCUGGACGGGGCCGCCAUUUCCGGAAGAGUGCAGCUGGCUACAACCUCACAGGUCUCUUUGUGGGCUCCGAGGGGACACUGGGCCUCAUCACAUCUGCUACCCUGCGCCUGCACCCUGCCCCUGAGGCCACGGUAGCUGCCACCUGUGCAUUCCCCAGUGUCCAGGCUGCGGUGCACAGCACUGUGCAGAUCCUCCAGGCUGCAGUGCCUAUAGCCCGCAUUGAGUUCCUGGAUGACUUCACGAUGGAUGCCUGCAACAGGCACAGCAAUCUGAACUGUCCUGUGGCACCCACACUCUUCCUGGAGUUCCAUGGCUCCCAAGAGGCGCUAGCAGAGCAGUUGCGGCGGGCAGAGGAGAUCACCCAACACAAUGGCGCCUCUCACUUCUCCUGGGCGAAGGAGGCUGAGGAACGCAGCCAGCUUUGGGCAGCACGGCACAAUGCUUGGUAUGCACUCAUGGCCCUGUCUCCAGGCUGCAAGGGCUAUUCCACUGAUGUGUGUGUGCCCAUUUCCCGGCUGCCGGAGAUCCUGGUGCAGGCCAAGGAGCAGUUGAAGGCCUCGGGACUCACAGGAGGAAUUGUUGGACAUGUGGGCGAUGGCAAUUUCCACUGCAUCCUGAUGCUCAACCCAGAUGAUGCGGAGGAGCUGCAUAGGGUCAAGGUCUUUGCAGAAGAGCUGGGCAGGCAAGCACUGGCACUCCGUGGGACAUGCACCGGGGAGCACGGCAUUGGACUGGGCAAACGGCAGCUGCUGCAGGAGGAGGUGGGUGCUGUUGGUAUGGAGACCAUGCGGCAGCUCAAGGUCACAUUGGAUCCCCGAGGGCUCAUGAACCCAGGCAAGGUGCUGUGAGGAGCUCCGAGUACACAAACCCCUCAGACUACAGAGCCCCUGUUGUGAAAGCUCCCUUCAUACACCAAUCCUAUCAGGGAUAGAUAAUGGCUGAUGGUCUUUCCGCCUGUUUGUUUACGGUCUCUAGUGGGAGCCUAAGGUCAGGGGACCAGGAGAGAGCUAGGCUCCUCCCUGGUCCUCUUGCUGUCCUUAGGAGCCCUUGGUCCAGUGGAUGGCCGAAGGUUUUUCUCAGGGCUUCCUCUUUGCCCUUAUACAUCCUAUCCUGGCUGGGAGAUGGUGUAGGCCCACCCAAGACUAAAAUUAUGUCCCUCCUGGAGGCCUCCCCAUUGCUGGGACUCAGGACCCUUUGUUCUACACCUGGAAUAGUAAGAAACCUUCCACUCCACAUUGAUAGGUCUUCUCCUUGUCUCCCACCCGCCAUGAAUCUGAACCCCAUUUGCUGCUGUCUGUGGAGCAGUAGGCAGCACAUCCCAUAUCCACUCUCUUCCUCUCCAGGCUCUCUGACCUUUGGCCAUCACCCAUUUGUUUUGGACUGUCCUUUGAUAUACAGUAACCUGGGGGAGGGGAAGGGUGUUCAGGCUUUGGAAAGAAGCCAGGUCCCUCUUCCAACUCCUCUACUUCUGAGAAGCUCAGGAUGAUGACCUGUCCAUGGUGGAGGUCAAUUAUGAAUUUCCCCACCAGCCUAGACUGGGCCUUAGGACACUGAACACAUUCUUCAUUCUCACACAUGGAAGUGACCUACUCCUCCUCCUUGUACAUACUUCCCCAUGCUAUGAUGUACUAUAUCGCCAACCUUUAUUCUCAAAGUCAAAGUCUGCCCACUCUGGGGCCUGCCUAACUUGUCAAGAGCCAGGCACUUGACAGCUGUUUUCCUUAAGCCCACAAGAGGGCGCCGGACACCGCCUGCUGUCAGCAGCUGUGGCCCAGAGGACUCUUCCAUCCAGGGCCUAUAGCUCCCAGCCCUGGGCCACCUGCCUCCCAGGGUGUGAAUGGGGUGGGCUGGUAGGCCCCCCCACCCUUGCAGGUCCCAGGAGCUGUCCAUCUCCCCCACUCCUGGACC